AUGUCUAACGUUACCACAAUCAACGCUCCAGGUGCACCAGCACAAGCCGCUUCUUAUUCUCACGCUGCUAAAGUCGGAAACAUGAUUUAUCUUUCUGGCCAAAUCCCACUAACACCAGAUGGGAAGCCAGUUGAAGGCUCCAUUGCCGAUAAGACUACUCAAGUAUUGGAAAAUAUCAAGACCGUCUUGAAAGCAAGCAAUUCCUCUUUAGAAAAUAUCGUUAAAGUCAAUAUUUUCUUAGCUGAUAUCAAAUAUUUCAGUGAAUUAAAUGUUGUUUACGCUAAAUAUUUCAAGGCUCACAAGCCUGCCAGAUCGUGUGUUGCCGUGGCUGCUUUACCAUUAAAUGCAGACUUGGAAAUUGAAGUUGUUGCUGUUGAAAACAAUUAA